CACCGCCGCACAAGUUUACGUCCGAGCAAGUCCUAUGAACCUCAAGGUGAAUUCUUCCCAGGGCUCCAUCAAGCUCGCAGGACUGCCCGAGGACACAACACUCUUCCAGCUGAAGCUUCGACUGCUUCAAGAGACUGGCCUAGCUCCAGACGAUCAAACCUUGUUGAGUGGCUACCCUCCCAAGCUCAUCGUUGGUGACGACAGUGAACUUCUCACAGCGCUUGGUGUGGCGUCGGGAUCGGUGGUUACCCUGAAGGAGGAAGUCACGUUGGCUUCGACCAAACCGUCCAGUUUAAAGUUUGUUCGCAAGGUCAUUGCUGCCGACAACAGCUGCCUCUUCAACGCAAUCAGGUAUUGCCUUGGUAAGGGGGACAAGCAGAACGGCGAAACUCUUCGAAGCAUUGUCAAGGAGAAGAUUUUAUCAUUCCCAACGGAGUACAACGAGACGUUUCUCGGUCGCCCCGUGAACGAGUACUGCGCGUGGAUCAUGGACAGCAAGUCAUGGGGCGGAGAAAUCGAGCUCUCGAUCUUAUCGGCGCACUUUCGAGUGGAAAUGCUCGUGUUUGACGUUGUCAGCAUGACUCGGCUGUGCUACGGCGAAGACCAAGGCUUCACCCAGCGAUUGUUCCUGCUGUACGACGGCAUCCAUUACGAUGCCAUUGCUGAAACUGGCCACCGCGGCCCCAACAGCGACAAGACUUUGUUUGCCAUCAAUGACUUUGUCAAGGUGGAGCAAGCUAGCGUGUUGGCUGUGGAAGCGCAUCAGGUACAAUACCAUGUCUUUCGCUGUGCGACGUCCACGGCGUUCCUGCUGACGUUGUGGUGGCAACAGACCCAUCUAUUCACUGACGUGAGCGCAUUUACCAUCCAGUGUAUGCAAUGCCGGAAAGCCUUUCAAGGAGAGGUAGGCUGUGACAUGUUCUCGAAAGGCAGAAGCAGUCCACUGGUUCGUAGCGGCAAGCACAAGCCCAUGCCAACGAGUCUGGUCACUACGAGUUUGGCGAAGUCAGGCGGGCAUAGCAAAAGCUAUAGAUGACUCUAUGGGCGCCACAUUCGUACUUCCACGGCAUUUCCAAUGCGAAUAAAUAAGUGUUAGGGGCUUGCUUGACUGAGCGUAGCACUGGUGGUCAUGGCAUCGGUGGACGCAUUUCGAGC